ACUUACGUUUGACCAACAGAUUGGAUUUAUCUGUUUCAAUUCAUAUUUCCUAUUCUUAUAUCGAACUAAAAUGCAGUAAUUUAUUAAAAAUUUAUUCAUCAAGACUUAAUGGAUUUCAUAUCCGAUUUAAAUAAUAAAGAAGAUGCCAGAUCUCUCAGUAACGGUGGCGUGCAGAAACUCCAUUUUGUGACGUAGUGGCAAACUUGUGUGUUCCGAAGCCUGCUUUCGAUUUCAAAUUUCGUGAUUUUUCUAAGUACCUAAUUCGACGAUUUUUCAGAAUAAUACAGCGUUUUAUAUUGAAGAUGGCAUACUCUGGUGACAGUGAUGAACCACAAGAUGAUUCGUUUUCAUCUGACGAAGAAACAUUUCAGGUUGGAAGAAUUCAGCAAUUCUGGAAGGGAACGUACAAUAAAAUUUUGCCUGAAGUUGGUAGUCAUCCACUUGAAGGUAACUCAUCGAGUGAAGUGAAGUUUUUCAUUGUUACCACAGUGGAAUGUGGAGAAGACCGCAUAGAGCGACAAGUGCACAGUAUUAUCCCAACUGGAUGGAUUUCGAGCAACAUGGAAUAUCUACUUUAUCCUCAACCCAGAUUCACAGUUGGGGGUAAAAGUCCGAUUGACUGGGGAGAGAAGACAUUCAGAAGAUUCCAAAUACCAUUCGAGUCGUGGAUGGAAUAUGAUAUUCAUGCCAUUUUAAACCAAACCAAGGCUGUUAAAUUUACGAAAGCAAUAAAGGCCGCCAAAGCUGCAGCUAAUGGUCAACCCAUACUGUCAGACGCUUUUAUUUCCGUCACUGAUCGUAUUUUGGGCAGAGGAUUAAGGAAGGCAGCUCAAAAGCGUCCAUGGGAAGAGAAGGUUUCCGGAAAAGGCAAGGAGAGAAGAACGAAUAAUAAUUCUCUAAUAGAGACACCAUCGUCCAGCUCCAACCUCAAUCCAGCUGUUUCCAUCAGGACUCAAAGCUUAAGAUCUUGUCAGUCGAACACCCCGUUUGAUUUCGAAAAUUUCCCAACGAACUUAAAUGUUGGAGCUUGUGUGGGCAACAUCACCACCAACUCUGAGUUGGUUUCAUUGAACAACUCAUCCAUGCCAGUUCCGAAUGCAGCUGUACCGGCGCCCCAUGGUAGCAGUGGUGGCGGCAGCAGUAUUAUUCGUCCGUCCGUUAUUCCUAGUCCACAACCGCAUGAUGUUGGCACAAGAACUGAAGCAGCAUUAUGUGGAGCUAUUAACAAAGCAAGUGGAAUGGUCAACAAUGGAGCACCUUUACCGUCUACAAGCCACGUACAAGAUGAAGAAGAGCAGAAUCGGAAUAAUAAUGAUAUUCAGGGUUCCAACGGGUUCCAACUGGUUCCAACACAGCUCUCUCGGACAAAACAAUUGCAAUAAGCAUGGUUUUCUUCAUAUCUGAGCGAUAUAAGGCGUCCAAAUCAAUAGGCGCUUUUGUAAACCAGGCGUAUCGUUUGUUUUUAUGUGACGAAACUAGUCGGAAAAUGCAGUGGCGUAGUGUUGGUCGGGUCAAUGACUUAAGGCCCGGACUCUCUGGUCUGAUGAAUAUGCUUUCAGUUAUAGGAGUUGCUCUCGACAUUUUUAAUCUUUCGCGGAACACUGCAAAUGUUGAUCAUCGGAGGCUAAUUGAAAUUAUUAAAAACUGCCGGAAAUACAAUGCCAAAAACUACAGGAAGAAGAAUAAUGUGCGAGGUGCCUUGGAGACGGAUGCGUCAGCAGAUGCUCCUCAGCUUCCAAAUGCAAAUGAUGACAAUGACGCGGUUAUUCUCUACAACUACAUGACUAUUCUAGAAAAAGAAGUUGUUAAUUUUAGACCUCCGCCUGCUUUUGCUCAAGCACCAGAUCUUUGUAAUUGAAGAUUCAACACCGUUUCAAACCUCUUGAAUUGACGUUUAUUCUUUGCCAGUGUCGUUCUAAAGUCAGAAAAUUUUCAUUUUAUAAUUUAUUGCCUUUCGCAGUUACUCGUACUUUGGUUUUAUUUAAGGUUGUUUCAUAUGCAAAGACAAAACGCAAUAAACGCUGAUGGUUUCUCAA